AUGAGGCUGUGGGCGGGGCGGCGCCUGUCGUCGGAGCGGAGAACGGAGAGCGACGGCGUGGAGCGAUGCGGGGAAUUGAAGAGCGAAGGUGCUCAUUCAGACUCUGAGCACGAAGUCGAGCAUGAGCACGAAGUGAGCACGGAGCCUGAACGAGCAGAGCACGAACCGUUAGAGGCCCUCGACGCUGGACGACCGCGCAAGGUGCGUCGCAGCCGAACCACGUUCACCACGUACCAGCUGCACGAGCUGGAACGAGCCUUCGACAAGACGCAGUAUCCGGACGUGUUCACGAGGGAGGAGCUCGCCAUGAGGCUGGACCUCAGCGAAGCAAGAGUUCAGGUGUGGUUCCAGAAUCGACGUGCUAAGUGGCGUAAGCGAGAGAAGGCUCUAGGACGGGAGCACGCGCCGUUUUUACACCACGAACACGGUGUUGGAGAAUGGGGACCCAGCAUGGGAGUUGGUGUGGGAGGCGUGGGCGUCGGCGCAGGCGAGUGGUGGCUAGGACUUGGCGCACCGCUGUGGCACGACGCGCCACCCGCGGCUGCCUUCAGAGCUUUACUGCACAGGUAUGUCCUGGCUCUGCCUCCACCAGCGCCGAUGUCGCCCGCAGCGCGAUCUCCGUCCCCCGCGCGCUCGCCUCGCCCCGCGCCCCUCCCCGCGCCCGCCCCUCUGCCGUCAGAGCCUUUGCGGCUGCUGCACGACCGCUACAGUCGAGUGCACACGUAACCAGGUGUAAUAUACUACAUGUAAGGCUAUGUGCUCCUGGUACCUCUCAACGCUUGAGAGCUUCGGAGAUUCGGUAUAUUUUUCUCUUGUGUCGAAGGAACAUUAAGCAUAAACGAUUAAUUAAGCAGAUUAUAAAAAUACAAUAACUCCAAUUAAUUAAAAAAAAAAUCUCUUAUAUAAAUCAAAACAUCCGACUACAGAAAAGUUGCAUGAAUGGGGUUAAUCCUCCAAUUUUUAUG